CAUCGAUCACUAUCUCGUAACAUAUAUUCAAGAAAGAGACUGAGAGGAAGAGAAUGGCAAUGAUAGGAGGCAUUAGCCAAGUGGAGGGAAGCCAAGACAGUGCUACCAUCGAUAGGCUCGCUCAUUUUGCUGUUGAUGAGCAUAAUAAGAAAGAGAAUGCAGUUCUGGAAUUUGUGAAGGUGGUAAAUGUGAAACAGCAAGUGGUUUCUGGAAUGCUGUACUAUAUCACUCUAGAGGCCAAGGAUGGAGAGAAGAAUAAAGUUUAUGAGACCAAGGUUUGGGUGAAGCCAUGGUUGGACUUCAAGGAGAUACAGGAAUUCAAGCUCAUCGGUGAUGCCCCUUAUGCUGCACCCUGCUAACUACUAAAGACAACAGAGAAGCAUAUUUACCGGUGAUCUUUUGAUUCGUGUUGUAAAGGUGUAUAAUAUCAGUUCGUGCUGAAUGUUUGGGAAGAUGUAAUUCAUGUGUAAAAUGAAGCUCAAUAAUGCAGUCAAUAUUUGUCGUCAUGUAUAUCAAUUUUUUUCUUAUAUUUUUUUUGCACGAAAUUUUAGAUUUAAAGUUAUUAUGUGUUGAUCAUGUUUCACAAUUAUUUUGUUUUUGAUGUGUUAAGUUCAAAGUUUCAUUUUAAUCUUUUA